AUGGGUUGCGGCGCCAGCAGGAAGGUGGCCCCGGAGCCGCCCGCGCCGGCCGCGCUUCAGCGGGAGGGUCGGAGCCCCCGCAGCGCCGAGACGGCGGCCCAGGCGGCUCGGAGGAUGCAGGUGGCUCGCUUCAGAGCCAAGUUUGACCCGCGGGUCCUCGCCAGAUAUGACAUCAAGGCUCUUAUCGGGACAGGCAGUUUCAGCAAGGUUGUCAGGGUAGAGCAGAAGACCACCAAGAAACCGUUUGCCAUAAAAGUAAUGGAAACCGGAGCUAGAGAAGGCAGAGAAGCGUGUGAAUCCGAGCUCCGCGUCCUGAGGCGGGUUAGCCAUCGUUACAUCGUGCAGCUCAUGGAGAUCUUUGAGGCCCGGGGUCGAGUGUACGUGGUGAUGGAGCUGGCUACGGGAGGGGAGCUCUUCGAGCGCCUCGCUGCUCAGGGAUCCUUCACAGAGCGGGACGCCGUCAGAAUCCUGCGCAUGGUUGCUGAUGGCAUCAGCUACCUGCACGCUUUGCGAAUAACUCAUCGGGACCUGAAGCCGGAAAAUCUCCUGUACUAUCAUCCGGGUGCAGAGUCGAAAAUUUUAAUCACAGAUUUUGGUUUGGCACACUCGGGGAACAAAAGUGGUGACUGGACGAUGAGGACGCUCUGUGGGACCCCAGAGUACAUAGCUCCUGAGAUUUUGCUAAGGAAGCCUUAUACCAGUGCAGUGGACAUGUGGGCUUUCGGCGUAAUCACUUAUGUUUUACUUAGCGGAUUCCUGCCUUUUGAUGAUGAAAGCCAUACAAAGCUUUACAGGAAGAUUCUAAAAGGCAAAUAUCAUUAUACAGGAGAGCCUUGGCCAGGCAUUUCACACUUGGCGAAAGACUUCAUUGACAAUCUACUGAUUUUGGAAGCAAGUCAGCGCAUGUCAGCUGGCCAGGCCCUGGAUCAUCCCUGGGUAGUCACCAUGGCUGCAGGGUCUUCCGUGAAGAAUCUUCAGAGGGCCAUUUCCCGAAACCUCAUGCACAGGGCAUCUCCCCACUCUCAGAGUCCUGGAUCUGCACAAUCUUCUAAGUCGUGUUAUUCUCACAAAUCAAGGCAUAUGUGGAGCAAGAGAAACUUAAGGAUAGCAAAAUCACCACUGUCUGCACCUUUGUAA